AUGUCUCUAGCAGGCAAGGUCAUUUCCAUCACCGGAGCGAGUUCGGGCAUGGGUCUCUCAUUAGCCAAGAUAGUCGCCAGUCGAGGGGCAAAACUGGCUCUGGCAGAUAUACAGCGAGAGCCUCUCGAAAAGCUGGUAGCCGAACUCAAGAGCUCGGGCGUGGAAGCCAUCGGACAAAGUGUCAACGUCGCUCGCCAUCAAGACGUGGAUGACUGGUUAGGCAACAUUUCAAAGCACUAUGGCAGGCUGGACGGUGCGGCCAACCUCGCAGGAGUCCCCGGCAAGCAUGGAGGCUCCUUUGGAUCCAUCCUGGGCCAGUCGCUCGAGGAGUGGGACCACAUCAUCUCCGUGAACCUCACGGGGCUCAUGUACUGUCUUAGAGCCCAAGUCCAAGUCAUGGGCUCUGGCGGAUCAAUCGUCAAUGCGGCGAGUAUACUGAGUCUGAUGGGCAAGCACGGCAUGUCCGCGUAUGUCACGAGCAAGCACGGAGUCCUGGGGUUGACGAGAUCCGUUGCCAAAGAAUUCGGCCCGAAGGGCAUCAGGAUCAACUGCGUCGCGCCUGGCGCUAUCGAGACUCCAAUGUUGCGAACCGUCUUUGCAGACGAAGGAGAGCCGGAAAAGGUGGUCUGCGCGCUCCAGCGGAACGGACAACCUGAGGAAGUGGCAAAGGUGAUUGCAUUUCUGCUGAGCGACGAUGCGUCAUACGUGACAGGAGCAAUCUAUCCUGUCGAUGGAGGCGACUCGGCGUAG